UCUGUCCCUUUAAGAUGUGCGCAGCGCUCGACCUGCGGGAUUUGUCCUUCAGUGGGACCCCGAAAUGAGGAGCAGCGUUGAGCCAUCAACAUGCACGCUGGCCCCGUCUCUGGCCGUCUGCCGCUUCUACCCUGUGUUGUUCUCUACUGGUUCCUGUCCAUGCAGCAAACUUCAGCCUACUUUGGUUUAACAGGUAAGGAACCCCUUACGCUGCUUCCAUCAGCUGGCCUGUCAAUGGGUCCUGUUGCAGAAAAGGCCCACCUGAAACAGUGUGAAAUUCUGAAACUCUCUCGCAAGCAGAAGAGGCUGUGUCGUCGGGAGCCAGGCUUGGCGGAUGUUCUAAAGGACUCUGUUCACCUUGGCCUUGUGCAGUGUCAGUACCAGUUCAGAAACGAACGUUGGAACUGCAGUUUGGAGGGCCGAACCAAUCUCCUAAAACGAGGAUUUAAAGAAACAGCUUUUCUCUAUGCCAUCUCCUCUGCAGCACUUAUGCACUCCUUGGCAAAGGCCUGUAGCUCUGGACGCAUGGAGCGUUGCACUUGUGAUGAUUCGCCUGACCUGAAGAACAAAGAGGCCUGGCAGUGGGGUGUUUGUGGUGAUAACCUCAAGUACAGUGUCAAGUUCCUGAAGAAUUUCUUAGGUCAGAAAAAAGUGAGCAAGGAUCUGCGGGCACGAGUGGACAUGCAUAAUACUAAUGUCGGCAUCAAGGCUGUGAAGAGUGGUUUGAAGACAACUUGCAAGUGUCAUGGUGUGUCUGGUUCCUGUGCAGUUAGGACUUGCUGGAAGCAGCUAUCUCCCUUUCAUGAGACAGGGAAGCUUCUUAAACAUAAAUAUGAGACUGCUGUAGAGGUGUAUAGUAUCACCAAUGAUGCCACAGGCGAGCCAGAGCUGGCAAGCCCAAGAAAAGUCAACUACUCUUUCAAGAACCACAUUCCCCGUAGCACAGACCUGGUUUACAUGGAAGCCUCCCCAAACUUCUGCCGACCCAGUAAAUACUCAGCAGGAACUGCUGGGAGAACCUGCUCUAAGGAAACGAACUGUGACAGCAUAUGCUGCGGAAGAGGGUACAAUACCCAGACAAGAAUGGUCAGAUUUUCUUGCCACUGUCAAGUUCAUUGGUGUUGUUAUGUAAAGUGUCAGCAGUGUGUACAAGAGGAAGAAAUUUAUACAUGUAAAAAAUAAGGUAACAGGUAUGAGCGAUGCCAGACCAAAAAAAGAGACAGAGAGCGAGUGAGAGUGCAGGAUCGAGAGUAUGUACGUGAAACAAAUGCAGUAGUACCAAACUGAAACUGCAGGGGGCAACAGAGAGGGAAAAUCACUGAAAAUGACAAAGAAAGAAAGUGAGUGAAAAUGAGAGGCUAGAGAAGGGAGGCCAAGAAAGAAGAGGUUGAUCCUGACUUCUGAUGGAACUGAAAUGUGGCAUAUAGCGAGAAAAAGAAAAGCAAAGGGAGAAAAAGUCAUUGAACGGUUAGGAGGAAAAAAUGGAUUAUAGCCAUCAUUUUAAAACACUGGAACAUAUGUUAUAAUUUGAUUGCAUAUGUGUUUAUAAAUAAGUCUUGGACCAGCAAAGAUGGUCUUAUAUGGCAAAGAACAUCAGUACAGAGAUAUAUAUAUCAAAGAAAAAAAGGCACAGUACAUAAAGAGGGUAGUGAAAUCUCAAAUGAGAGCAGUGCUGGAUUCUUCAAAACAUCUGCUGAAAGGAAACUGGAAUGUAAAUAAGAGAAAGUUGAUACAAUUUGUCGAAACAGUUGCACAAAAUACUUCAACAGCAGACAAAUCCUUAUAACUGGAGGGAAAUACGCCCAUUAAUUCAACUUGCUUCGAAGAUAAUAAAAGACUGUUCAUGUUUUAUGUAUAGGAGAGACACAGGUGACAAAUUCAAAUAUUAGAGUAACUUUGCUUAUUUAGAUCAGACCACAUGGAGCUGAUUGUACUGUGAGGACUGAAUUGCAGAGACAAUUCUAGCAGCCAUAAUUCAGAUACAGGAUUGAAUAUAGCAUUUUCACAACACAAUUUUCUGGAUGCAGGGGAAAAACUGGAUUUCAGGCCUUUUGCUGCACACCUGCUAUUGGCUACCACUCCAGUUUUGUAAAGACUGUUUUUGUCUUUAUUUAAAAACAUUGAUGCCACUUUACUUCAGCACUCCAUUUUAAAGCACUUACUUUAAAGAGAUUACAGAAUUUCAAAUGUAAUCUAACAUUUGGUGAAUCAGUUCUAUCACAGGUACCCCCUCCCCUAUCCUAUGGUUUUGUCCUGGUGUGCACAUAUUCAACAAGAAAUUUAUAGUGAACCAGAGGAAGAGAAUCCCUCAGGCAACAAUUACUUUGAAAUAAGAAAAUACUAACAGAAGUCUGCAUUUACAUAAUAACUGAGGGAUUUUCUCCCCCCAGUCUUUAACUUAAUUAACUCCCGGGAGCUGUCACUCUAGUACAGAGCCCAGGAGUCAGCCUACACUUUACACUGCCUGGGAUUAGCUAACUGCUCAGGUGCUGGAGGUUUGUUAGGCAGAGAAGCAAGAUUAAAUAGCUAGAGAUCUACUUUCUUCUCUAAGAGGAAGGGCAUGAGCUUGAGGUGUUUUUGUAAUGAUCUCCAAUUAAAGCUUGUGGUGGUACCAAGAAUCCCUUUUUUACUUAAUGAGACUGAUGCACACUUACAUAGUGAGAUUUAUUUUUCUUUCAUUUAUUUGUUAACUGAGUAAACCUACUAUUCACAAGUCCCUCUUUCUCGGAGUGAGCUAGGUGUGCUGUUUAGGUACGAAUGCUUCUUUUCAGAUAUGACCUAGAAAUACUUUCUUGGCAAAACUGCCUCUUUUUAGGGUUGACCCAGGCCUAAUGUCUGAUAUUAAGUGGAGGCUGAGCUUCCCAAUCCCAGGAUGACUGGAUUAAAUUUAUUAGCAGUUUAUAACCACAACCUUGAACUAAACUGCCAGGUAAGAAAUUGAGCAGAAGCAUGCACAUUACUUCCACUUUUCACUACAGAUUAACAGCAUUUUGACACUAUACACAUACUAUUCAUAAAUGCCCAAAAUCCCAGCACUCACAAUUAGAGCAGACCACUAGCCACUCACCUGAAACUCUUACGCACUUGCACCCCAACAUGUUAACCUAUUAGUCAAUCAGCCUUGGAGAGAAGGAGGCCUAUUUGCCAAAGGGGGUGGGUUAUACCAAGAACAGUAAGAGCCAGUGGUAGGUAUAAUGGAUUAUUACAGGUCGAUAGGCCAGUACUAUGAAAGACUGAUGCAGAGCCAAAAAAUACUGCUCAAUCAAACCAGAUUGAGAACACAGUCCUCCUAAAACCCACCUGCAGACACCUAAAUAAGCAUUUUGCUAGUAAAAAAAAAAUCCUGCACUCCAUACCUUCUCACAGUAAUGUAUACGUACUCCAUGAUUGCAUAACAAUGGGAAAGUAGUAACUCUCCCAUAGAAUAUACAGCAGUCUUCCACAAACAGCAAUUCCAAACAGGAUGUAUAUUUGGUCUUUGAUCUCAAAGAGAUAUGUUUGGGCAGUUGUAAUCUGACCAUCUGGUGUGCAGUUAAGAAAACCAAACAGAUAUGGCUAAGGUGACCAAAACUAAAUACAAAAAUAAUACGAUUACAAUGAACUCUCUUGAGGAACUACAGGAUUUUACACAAUGAUCUUUUUAUAACUGUAAAUCACUAAAUAUCUGUUUGGCAAAAUGUCUUUCAGUACGUCAUAUUCUCACUUUGGCAAGUAAGAUUCUCAUGCCUUAUAAAGUACACAGUUUAUUUAAGAUAAUUAGGUUAAUGGUGUUUCUAAUAUCAUAUCACAAUAUAUCUGUAUAGCUUAUAGUAGUUUACUGCCAAGAUUCGUACACAAGUUGUACAGCUUUUAAUAAUGGGUCUCAAAAUGUUGGCUUUCUAUGACAUUAAGAUAUUAUAUUUUCUGUUCUCAAUCAAGAGUUUAUAGAUAGUCUGAUAAAAUUAUGAAUACAUAGUCCAAACAACACUUCCCUGACCCAAGAAAAGCAAAAUGGAAACAGACCAAACUGUUCAAAUAAAAUGUUAGAAUAGCCCCCUACUGCUAUGAGCUCAGAGUAGGAACAAUAACUGUAGUUGCUAUGAAAGACUGCUUAAAAACACAGUUUUUCACCAUUUCAUUUUUGGAUAGAUAUCAUUUGGGAUUAUAGGUUGUGUCAGUACAGUUCUGAUAGGUCUCAUCUAUUUACUGAAUGGCAAAACAUUUCCAACAUUUUAGUGUUCAGGAAUGAAUUUAAUCCACGUGAAAGGAACAAGGUGUACAUCACAGGUAGAAAACAGAUACACUCACAAUGGGACCUGUUUUUAAGCCAUAUUAUUCAUCUUCCUAUAGUUGUGAGACAAAACUAUACUUCUGCGUGUCUAUCAAAUUCUUCUUGUACAGAAGACAUUAUAGUUUUGCACUGUUAUGUUUUCGUCUGGUGGAGUAUAUAGUAAACAUUGUGGAAUAGGAAUAACAAUCUAAUUAGUUGAUGUUAUGGCUAAACAGUACCUUUGGAUAUCUCAGAGCACUUUUCAUUUCUACUCACAUAGCUAUACAUAGGUUCUUGUCAUGUUACAUUAAACCAGAAGUGCAAAUUAAUAAAAAGGUGCAUAGUGCUGUAUAUGACCUGGAUAUGUAUCAGGUUUCGACAGCAUUAUAUUUAUGAUAUACAGAAUUUAGAAGGAUCUGAUUGAUCCAAAGUGGCAUGCCCAUUCAUGGCAUGUCAGUAGAUUGUAUGAAGGGUAAAUACAUGAGCUAGCAGUGCACAAACCCAGUGACUCAAUAUCGUCAUAUGUGUAGACGUGCAUUGGCAUCAUUUUGGUCAGUUAAUAGCUACAGAUCCAAUGUUUGUG